CCGAAGCAGGUGGAGUGGCCCCCCAGUCUGUUGGAGGUGCCCGCCGAGACAAAGCUGGACUACACGGUGACUGACCUCCAUGGCGGCCCACAGCCUGCCUCACCCUAUGAGGAACGCUACAGGAAAACCACCUUCAAGGACCUGUUGUCAUUGUCACUGAUGAAGCGAGCUCGGAAAUCCUCUACCCCAAUUACUACAACUGCCAGCGCCUCAAGUGCUUGACCAGGUAAUUGCCAGCCAUACCUCCCUCCCAUAUGAUUUCACUGCAGUUUCAUUUCAGCAACAGUAAUUUAAAACAGCACGUUUUCUUUCCAUUUCACGUUUUCUUUCCAUUUCUACCCGUUGGGAAUGGGUAGCUAACUGUAUAAAACAUGAGGCGAGCACGGUCAUAUACUAAGCAGUAGCACCAGAACAAACAAAAAAAAAAAACAACACAGACUUUUUUUCUUGAAAGACCAAUUCAAUUUAGCGUGCAACUAGCAAACACUCAUUACUACCUAAUAUGUAGCUAUUCUGUGGAAUUUUGCAGGGCAGAAUUAAUGUCAUCUACAUCCCUUAACACACCUUUGAUGUGUGAACACGUUGGGCCUCCUUUUAAAUUGAUCUUCUCCUACCACAUUUAUACCUGCUAGAAAGUGAAAUAUACUCCGCCUUGAUGCAUUUAACAAAAACUAUUGAAUUAAAAUAAGAAACAUCCUACAUAAAAAGAACACUCAUGUUUGCAGAAUCAAGUACUCCGUGGAUGAUUAUACCAGGUUGAGCAUGGGGUGGAAACCAGACAACAAGGCAAAUAAAAUACAUUACCUUUUAGUUGGAUUAUGUAUUAGCAUAUUUUUGUCCCAGGUUAUCUUAAGGGUUUUCAGAAUUCACUUGCAAAAAGUUAUUGUACAAAACUCGACACUGCAGGCAACAGGUUGUUUGUGACAGUGGUGAGGUGACGAUCCAUAGAAGCAACUCAGAAAAGCCAGAGUAUAUUCAGACUCAGCUAGUGCAAAAGGAGAGCAAGGUGUGAGUUCUUCCCCUCCCUCCACUCAUCCCACUAACUGUGCACAUUUUGCAGCCAUGUCAAGGUGGAAUUUUUAAACUGCAUUAAGAAGCAGUGACCCAGCCCAAAGGCUACCCAUGACAACUUCUAGCACAUUUGAUUUCAAACAGAAACUACAGCUGUUUUGGGGAAAAAGAAAAAGAAAAAAAAAAGGCAAGCAAACAAUGACAAUAAAAAAGCACCAAACUUUCUCAUCACUUCCCCAGCAGACCAGGGUAAAAGAAAAAAAAUCUGCAAUAUACUUAGCUUCAAGUAUCUAGUCAGAGCUGAUAGUCUCAGCUAAACUUUUUAACAUGUAAUUCAAAACGAUGUAAUGGGACGUAGGGGUUCUAUCAGAGUGAAGAGCGAAUUGAAGCUACCAGUGAUUAUCUAGGUAUUUCUCUUUUCCCACACCAUGCAUAAAUCUGUUCAAAGCUUCUAACCUUUUUUCUUCCAUGAGGUAGUUAAAGGCUGUUCCCCAGAGAUAACAGGCUUGCAGUCUUCUGGUAUGAUGAGAUCUGUUAACUGAUGAUACACAGCCCUUGCUUAUGGGAGCCUCCUCUUAGGAGAUGUUAACAUCUCAUCUAAAUUUUUGUUCCCCUGUCUGUAUGAGAGCAGAUGCCAACUGCUGACAUCGCGUCUGUUCUCUUUGCCACUGAGACUCCUAUUAUCAGAAAUUUCUCAGUCUCUUCUGGUGCAUCUACCCCUUCCUGAUAUAAGACAGUUCCACUGGACUGGGAGUUACAAAAAAACAAAGAUGGAAAGCCUGAUUUGUGAACAGUUUUUGGCUUGUUUCUUUUUUUCCCAAUUUCCUGACAGGCAGAAGUUGAAGGAUGCUCAGCUACAGCCAGGUAUCUCUGAUGACUUAAAAACAAUUAAGGAGAAGAUGGGUGUUGAUGAUGAUGAGUCUGUGGACUUUUUUCUCCUCCUUGAUAACAUUUAUGCUGAACAGGUGCACGGUUUACCAAGCUGCCCUGUGCUGAAAGACUUUCAGCAGACCAUUGAGCGUCGAUGCAUAGACUCACUGCUUUUCGUUCUGGAAGACGGUUCAAGAGAAGUUCUUCAGAUGAGCGUUGGUCUCCUUUUCUAUACCUUACAGAAGAACAUUACAGAAGCAGCAGAUCCCUCAUCUCCAGCUGAAGAGGCCAGAAAGCUCAUUCUGUAUGCUUCUCAUGAUGUUACCCUUAUUCCUCUCCUGAUGGCCCUGGGCACCUUUGAUCACAAGUGGCCCCCUUACGCUGCAGAUGUGACCCUCGAACUGUAUCGGCACCGGCAGUCCAAAGAGUGGUUUGUUCGCGUGUCUUACCAUGGAGAGGAGCAAGUGGUGAAAGGAUGCAGAGCAGGCCUCUGCCCACUAGAAGAAUUUCUAAAAGUUCUUUCGCAGUACUCGGUCAGUCCAGAGGAAUACAAUAACCUGUGCUCUCAAAUGGAGGGGAGUCAGCAAAGUGACUUGUAAACAGUAGUCUUAAAUUAAACCGUUUAAUAUCAUCAGAA